UUGAUUUUCUGAUGAAGUCGAGGUCUCGAGGAGGUGGAGGAGCCGAGGAGACAAUGGAGUCUCGCACCCCCGUCGCCCAGGAGUCCAUGAGUCACAACGCCUCUUUUAACGGCUAAUGUGGAGUCAUUAAAACUUAAAAGCUCAAAAGCAAAGUAGCAAAUAAUCACAAUUUAGUAAAUAAUCACAAGGUUUUGUCAGUUGUGACUGUAUCAAGGGAACACAUUCCAGCUAGACUGCUCAACAAGAUAUUAGCGAGAAGUGAUUGAACUAGUAUGGAUGCCAUUGCAUGGACAGUGUUCCCCGACGAGAGGGGGCCUUUGUUCAAGAUACAAUCUAAUCUAGGGACUUUUACUACGUAUCGCGAAACGUUCUUUGAUGUCUUAGACUUUGGAUACACUAAAUCUCGAUGGUUCAGUAUUAAACAAAAGAUGACCUGGUGUGGGCUGACAGAGGCCAAGUAUUUGGGGACAGCGAGCAACUACGAAGGCAUAUGUGACCAAUUUUAUGUGGGUCCUCAACAGCUGGAUAUAGAAGCUGUUCAACAAGCCCUAGGGCAACUUGAUAUUAUGAAGCUUUAUAUGAUGAACGGAUGGGGUGAUAACCAUGUCGCACUCAUACUAAACUGUAUGAGGUUCGCCACUUACUAGAUGUGUAUAGCAAUGCCCUAGGCGGACGGGCUCGGCACUUGUUUGAAGAAUAUUAUGAUGGGCGAAUUUAUAUUCCGUCAAACAGCAUCUGGGAAGACAAGCCGGGGUAUGAAGGAAACUGGAGACCCCAGUGGCCAGGAGGUAAUUUGGCGGAAAACUACCCCGAGUUCAUCACUUUAUCACGUAACGAUGUUGAUGUGAGCAGGACUGAAUGCAUUGAUUUAAGACGAUUGGAUGACAGAGCUGUUGAAAUUAUGCUUAUGAUGACUGGUGCGUGGGAGCGCAGGUCGAGAUAUAAGCUUGAUUUCAGCUUGCAUAGGUUGGCUGAUAAGAUAGCUUUCCGCUCUAAUGCAAACUACAGGAUGAGUACGAGUUGGCAGCGGAAAGGAGAUCAAGAACCCACUACUAAAAUGCCUAACCUGCCGACAAGUGAUAAAAUCUGGAGAGCAAUGAUUGAAUAUGUCAUGACGAACAGGCUUUACGCCCACUUUUCAGUAGCCGUGUACUUGUUCUGUACCACAGCAUGUCAAUACGUACCGAGUACUGCAGAGCAAAGCAUCUGGAAUGAAGUGACUACUAGGCUGACAGUGCCUACGUUCCAUUCAAUACGAGGGCGGUACACCUUUUUCAACGAGUCGAGAAGUUCUCCCAUUAACGCUAGGGCCACGAAUGAGUGGAUAUACAUCGGCAAACAGUUUAGGAAACUGCAGUCUCUGAGCGUCUUAGUGUGUCAGGCAAUGUGGUUCGGUCUAGGACUAAGGAAUAUGCGGCGAGGCAUCGAAUUUCACCAGCGUGAACUGGACUCUACGAUGAUGGCAUUUAUGAAUCAGCGGUAUGUAGCUUCACCGGCGAUCGUUGAGGCUCUUCGUAUUAAGGUACCACUUUCAGGGAUGUCUGGAAUCCGUGUAUGGUUCGACGGGUGGGAAGAAAAGCCCUUUGAAGAACCCAGAAUGUUGCAGGCGAACAUCGAACAGAAGAAUUAUGAUCUGGUUGAGGAUGGUGACCAGACGAACAUCCUUGAUGACAAGGAACUGAAGAAUUUUGAUCUGAUUGAGGAUGGUGACCAAACCUAUUUGCGGGUACAUGAGUUUAAUUUACCUGGAAUACCGGUAUAUCUACUACCGCUCCCUGCCAAUAUAGUGCCAGGGUUAAAAAUAUUUUCCGGCGAGGGUAGUUUCAAACCUUCAGAUGGAGAAUUUGGUAGGAUGGGAUGGGAACUACCUUCUUAUUACAAGGCCUAUGAACUAGCUGUGAUAGCCAAGUUCUGCGGAUUCAAUUCCAAGCUUAAAGACAGGUAUAGGGGGCCUAAGAAAUUUCAUGCCCCCAAAGACUCAGGAUGGGUACAACCCCAUUCUUUAUACGAGGAAGAGAGGGGUAUGCCUACCUAUUUCGGCGGAGUUAAGCAAGGGGACAGACUCUUUAUUGCGAUGCCCCAGAUGGGGAAUAUAUAUUCUUGCAGGGAGCUGACAUAUAAAUUGAGAUUUUGUUCUUGGGGGACAUAUAGAGGUGAUCUACCUAAGCCACAGAGGUACACUUUAGCACAGGCAGAUUUUACCAAUCCUGCUGAAAAUGCUUUCAUCGGCCAACACACAAGGAUUCGGAACCAACCAGAUUAUACUAAACCUGAUGAAAAUGGUCUCAUAAGGACUCCGAACCAAGCAGAUGAGGCGGGGGAACCUCUGCUGCACAUAUCUCGUGCGGAUGCAAAGUACGUGGUGGAAGCUCUGAACUCUGACAACGCUCGAUUUGACCGCAUUUGGCUUAUCAGGAAAGGAAUAUUAGUUUGAACUAUUAUUAACAAUGGACUCAUUGAAAUUAUAAGAUUCGUCACAA